GGCAUUCUCAGAUUUCUCACACUGUGACAUUUUAAAAAUGGCGACGACAUGUGUUGACAAUGUUUGAGGGGUUAGAUAGCAAAAUAUCUAAAAACAAUUCACUGAAUUUUGUUUUAAUUGAAUAAAAAAGAAAUACAGAAUGGCACAAAGCAGAUUGGAAAAAAUCGGCACGAUAUAUACCAGAGUCGCUUCGCUGUUAAAAGGUAAAGCUAUGAAAGUGGAAGACGUACCAUUAUGGUUUGGGGUGUACGAAGCUUUUCCUCCAAAAUAUGAACCAAGAUUCGACAGACGAUUGCCAAAGAAACGUGUCAGACCUAUCUUUUACCAAGAGGAUGUUAUUCGAGCAAGGUUUUAUGAGGAUCAAAGUUUCAUACCUGCUACUAAUUUGGCAAAUGAAAAUGUAAAGUCUGCAACACAAAAUUUAUCUAUAUAUGAAGCGAUAAAGAAGGAAGGACUAUCAAAAGACGCCGUAUAUGAACAGGCGAUGAAACAGUACACUUCUGAAAUGGAAACAAGAAAGGAGUUAAGAAAAGAGAAUAAAUCCUAAAUGACUAGAGAAAUAUAUUUUUAUCGUAAGUUCUGUUGUAGAUAAAGAUUUCGUUAUUUAAAAUCUGUGUUAUUAUAAUCUGUGUUAAUUAUAAUCAUAUUAUUAUAGCACUGAUAAACGAUAAUUAAUGAGUCUUAUUCAACAACAAUGUUUAUAUUUCGUGUGACAAUCAAUACAUUAAUUAACAAUGA